AGAAGACGGCAGCAAAAGGAGGAGAACGAGGAGGAGGAGGAGGAGGAGGAGGACUAGAAAGAGGAAGAAGGAAGCUAGGAGGAAGGACUAGAAGACGUCAACAAAAGGAGGAGGAGCAGGAGGCGGAGGAGGAAGAGCAGAAAGAGGAGGGAAAGGAGGACGAGUAGUAGUAGUAGUAGUAGUAGUAGUAGGAGGAGGAGGAGGACACGAUCAAGGGCAGGAAAGCAGAGAGAAAAUAAAGUAGAAGGUGGACAGCAGAGAGUGGAUUGCAGGACGAGGAUGAUGAUCUAGAAACAUUGCGAUCGUUAAUUAGUCUGUUACUGCCGAGGGCACGUGUGGAGUUUCGUCCUCUUUAUCCAACAAUGGAUAUUACUCAUCUGAUCGACCAACACUCUUUGUACCACUGAGUGAUAGCACGUAUUUCCCAAGCAGUUCGCCUCUGCCAUUCUCUCUCUCUCUCUCUCUCUCUCUCUCUCUCUCUCUCUCUCUCUCUCUCUCUCUCUCUCUCUCUCUCUCUUUCUCUCUCUCUUUUACGGAUUGAUCGACGCUGGUUUGAUCCGCGAGGUGAUCACGAGCGGUCAGGACGGACCUGGGCAUAUCCGACCUCUGCGGAAUAGAGAUGCAUGAGGACCGCAUGUCUGACCUGAGGGGAAACUCAUCCUAGCACUACCGGUAGCACUUCUUCGCCCGUGCCGUGUGCGGUGUGCGCGGGGAAUCAGCGAUCGGCAGAGUGCGCGGUGCGCGGGGAAUCGUGCGCUUGGGGGAUCAACGGUCUGCCAUGUGCGCGGUGCAUGGGGUAUCGUGUGCGCUGGGAGUCAGCGAUCGGCAGUGUGCGCGGUGCGCGGGGUAUCGUGCGCGCGGGGGAUCGACGGCCUGACGUGUGCGCUGUGUGUGGGGUGUCGUGCGCGCGGGGAAUCAACGGUCGGCAGUGUGCGCGGUGCGCGGGGGAUCAACGUUCUGCCGUGUGCGCUGUGCGCGGGGUAUCGUGCGCGCAAGGGAUCAACGGCGGGCAGUGUGCGCGGUGCGCGGGGGAUUACCGGUCCGGUCUGUGCGCUGCGCGCGGGAUAUCGUGCGCGCACGGGAUCAGCGGUCGGCUCUGUGCGCGGGCGGGGUUGUCACAGGUAUAUUACCCUGGGGAAGCUUUCGUCUUUUCUAGAAAAGGAAAGAAAAAAUAAAAAUCUUUUCUUUUCGUGAGGGAGGGCAUACUCUCACUAGCACUAGCACCUCCUUUCUUACUUCUGGACGCAAUUGCCGCCAGAUGCAUUCUGGUCCGGCCGUAAAUGUGGACAGAUACAUUUAAUACAGUGCUACUGUGAGUACGCCCGGAAUUGCGACUGACUGUCUGCUUCUCUACAACGUUGGGAUCGUAAGUAGGGACCAAUACAGUAUCAGCGGAUGAGAGAGUGACACGUGGCAAGGGGAUAACCCAUCAGACAAGGACUCUCUCGUCUUCUUUACCUCUCUUGAUCUUCCAUCAGAAGUGCGCUCUUCCGGAUUUAGUUGAUUUGAAGAUCUUCAUGACAGUCCUGAGCCUUUUUUUUUUUAUCUCAUUAAGAAAAAGACAGAAUUUCUGACAUUAAAAUAUUACAUUAUUCUGGAAAAAAACAACGUUUUUUUUUUUUUUUUUUUUUUUUUUGGAACAACGUAAAUUUCACUGAGCUGUGUGAAGUGAAAUAUCUCAGAGAUGGCUACUUUGACAGCUCAUCAUGCUGUGGCUGUGGCCGUCGUCGACGUUCAGACGGCGGGCCAGGCGGCUGCUGGAAAGCCACAUCAUCGCCGCCGCGUGUGCAAUUGCGAUUACAUCGCUUCCAUUUCCGCUUCCGCUGCCUCUAGGCGCAUCUUGGCGGUGUCCGCGGUCGGGCGCCGACACCAGGUUCGAGCGCCCGCGGAGCUCGUCCCGGUCAGGUCGUCGCAGAAUGAGGCGGAGUCGUUGGGACCAGCUCGGCGCGCAAUGGAAAUUGGAGCAGCUUCCUCUUUUUCUUCCUCGACAGCUGGAGCACGAAAUCAGCAGUGGCGGGAAAUGUCGUCGACCGGGGUGAAGAGGCGGAAGUCUCAGAGAAGUUUCGUCGGUGCCCCGCGUGCCAUUAUGCUGAGAGAAAGACCUGUCCCGACGGAAGCAGACACGGCUGCUCGGAGAACAAAGAACGUUAAUGGGACCGCACCAAAUUCCUCGAUGGGCGUAGCCGAGAUGUCAUCACAGAUGAAGGAGUUAUUCCAACAGAUCGAUGAAGAUGGAAACCUGACUGCUCUGAUGCAAGGCUUGAGGGGAACAAACACCUAUGAUGAAUUCGCUCCAGAUGUGGAUCUUCAACUGGUUGAGGUAGAUGGAGGACAGGCCGGUGAUGAGGAUGCUCUUCCGUUGGUCUAUGAUCCCGAUCUGAUUGCCGCUUAUUGGUCGAAAAGACCCGGUGCAGUUGCAAAGAGGGUCGCGCAGCUGAUGUCCAUCGGAGGCCGCUUCCUUUUCCAACUUCUCAUGGACAUAGCCACCAACAAACUUAAGGAGAAUGAGGUGCAGAGAGUCAUUGAGCUUCGGAAUAUCGUAACAGAGCUGGGGCCUGCCUAUAUAAAACUUGGUCAGGCCUUAUCAAUACGGCCGGACUUGUUGUCACCACCUGCAAUGAUGGAGUUGCAAAAGCUUUGUGACAAGGUCACGGGUUCAACUCCAGGGAACUGUACAGAUACUGUACACAGCAUACCUCAGAUUUACCAAGACCUUGUGGGGCUGGUUGAUGAGUGGGCUCUUCGCUUUUUCGAGGAGUUGGAUUAUGUUAAAGAAGGGCUGAGCGGCAUCCGGUUCGCCGAGAGCAUGAAACUGGACCUGCCACAGGUUGUGGUUCCUUCCACGUACAUGGACUAUACGUCAAGGCGGGUACUGACAACCGGAUGGCUUGAAGGAGAGAAGUUGAGUCAAAGCUCUGCGGAUGAUGUCGGCGAAUUGGUGAACAUUGGUGUCAUCUGUUAUUUAAAGCAGACAGUGAAAAGAGAGGAAAGGGAGAGUGAGGGUGUGCUGUUUGAGAGUGUGAGGAGGGGCAAGAGGAGUGUUCGUCCAAACGUAAGGAGAGAGCGGAACCCUCUUGAGAACACUACUGACAUUCCUUCCUCCAGCAUGGCGGUCAUCACAUCUGACCAAUGGCAGGCCAUGCUGGACGCAGCAGACGAGAGUCAGAAACUGUUCUUUCAAAAACUGUAUGAUGAUGCCGUACAGAGGGAAAGGGAGGUGGAGGCAGCAACUAGAGCUACGAGUAUAGCUGCGCAGGAGGCCCUCCUACAGGUUCCGGAAGCCAAUGCUGACCGGUUCCAGGAGAGGCUAGCUGCUGCCGUCGCAGCCUUGGUCCGACUGCGGAACUUGGAAGAUCUCGAGUCCCGUGUGACAGCACUUGAGCAGCGGAACCAAGAGCUGCAGGUUAAAGUAAAUAGCCUUGAACAGUCCCAAUUGUCUGCCCCCCGCCCUCCUAACUCUCGAUCUGCUGUAAUCCCAGUCUCUCAGUCCAGCACAGCCCUCGUUCUAAGGGCCAGUGGAACUGUGGCAAGUGCAGGAACCGGUGCCAGCUCCUUGAGCGGCAGCACCGACAGUUCUGCACUGGUCACAGUCCCAAAUGCCGGGACUUCAGCCCAAAACGCCGCAGUUCUUACUGGCGUUCAGUACAACGGUCCCAUGGUGGACAAGCGGGCGGCCACGCUGCCGUCCAAGUACGACGGGAAGGUUGACAUCACCUCUUGGAUUAGUUCCAUGAGGUCAUACUUCGAGGUCAUGCGGACACCGCAAGAGGACCGAAGUAUGAUCAUGGGGACUAAUACCAAGCCUGCCGUACGCAACCACAUUGAGCUCCAAGCUGUUGCUGCAGGCUAUGAGCGCAUAGACCUGACUGUAUGGCUGAAGGUUACCCCUGUCCGCGCUCUUGAAGACCUUCUCCAUGACCGGUAUCAGGAUAAACGCGCUGCGCUCAAGGCUAGGCUGAAGCUUGAGGCCCUCAAAGGCCAAACAUGGAGGUCAUCCAUGCAAGCUUUAGAACAGCACUUGACAGGUCUAUUCACCACUCCGGAUCUGGGAAUGACUGACGUAUCUUGUAUGGAUGUAGUCAUGGGAGUGGCCCCUAAAGAUUACCUCUCCCUGCUAGCACUCAAGGACCAUGCCACCUGGCGAGAGCUCAUGAAGGACCUAGUCGACCUAGAGGCCAAGGACCUCGCCAGGCGCAAGAAGGCGCCCGCUGCAGGUGGGAAACCACAACGCAAGCGGUUUGGAAGCAGCAACCAGCUUGCACUGCAUGAUCAUCGGGAGGCUGAAGAUCAGUCCUAUGCGGAUGAUCUGUCUCUAGAUGACGAUCUAGAACCGGACUCCGAUACGGGCUGUGUGCACAUCACCUUUGACAAAGAUCGCACUGUCACACAUGAGCUAAACUUUUAUGUCUUCGACAAGUGUCCGUUCGACGCGGUCAUUGGCUUGGGCUGGCUAAGAGCUCAUUGCCUAAGGACCACAUGGGCGGACAAUCAGUUCGUGGUUCUCGAUGCCGAGGGGAACGAGCGUACCGUCUUACUAGACGAGACGCGCGAGUCCCCUGUGACUCUUCUAAGUGAAAACAAAUUCUGCAGGUCAGUGCGCAGGCGCAAGGAGGCUGAGUUUGUACAUGUAGCUCUUGUAAAACCUUUCCAUGUGCCUUCUACUUUUGCUGCAUUUUCUUCUUCUGAAGGUAACUCUACUUCUUCUACUUCUGUUCCACCUACUUCUGCUGUAAAUAAUCAAUCUAAUUCUGAUCCCAAUGCCUCAAAACUAGUUGUGAUUGCUGUAAAUUCCCAAUCUGAUUUUCUCUCGCCUGAUGAGGAUGAUCCUCCACCCGAAAUCCCAGCAAACAUUCGCCUCCUAUUAGAUCAAUUCCCGGAAGUGUUGGCUGAACCGCGCGGAGUUCCCGAGCGUCCAGUCAAGCACAAAAUCGAGAUAAUAGAAGGGAGUGUUCCUCCAAAGGGCUGUGUCUAUCGUAUGGGACAAGGCGAGUUGGAGGAGCUGCGGAGACAGAUCGAUGACAUGAUUGACCGUGGAUGGAUUAGGCCUAGUGAGUUUGAGUUUGGUGCCCCUGUCCUGUUUGUACCGAAGAAAGGAGGCAAGCUCCGAAUGUGCAUCGACUAUCGUGGCUUGAAUCGGAUCACUAGAAAGAAUGCGUACCCUUUGCCUCGCAUAGAUGAUCUGUUGGAUGCGGCCGGUGGUUGCAAGGUCUUCUCCAAAAUUGACCUCAAGUCUAGCUACCACCAGAUUGAAGUCGAUCCGAGUGACCAGCACAAAACUGCGUUCAAGACACGCGAUGGGCUGUACGAAUUUAUCGUUAUGCCCUUCGGCCUUACGAACGCACCAACCACAUUUCAGUCCCUCAUGGACAAGGUACUCCGCCACCAACUUAACAGGUUUGUGGUUGUGUAUCUUGAUGACAUUCUGAUUUUCAGCAAGUCCAUGGAGGAGCACGUCAAGCAGCUUGAGGUCUUGCAAGUCCUCAAAGAUGCUCAAUUGCACCUCAACUUGGAGAAAUAUGAGUUUGGCAGGGACAACGUAAUCUAUCUUGGGCACCGGUUGUCUGUGAGCGGCCUUGAGCCGGAGGCAACUGCACUCAGACUCGUCUACUCAGAUCAUCAGACCUUGCAGUGGAUUAAGACACAAACCGAUCUUUCUCCAACGCUGACCCGCUGGUUGCAUGAUAUUGAUGUCUUCGACUUUGAAUUGAAGCAUAAGAAAGGUUGCUAUAAUCGUGUUGCUGAUGCUCUAUCGCGCCAUCCUGAGUAUUUGACUUGCCUAGUGGAUUCGUACGACCUCUGCAGGAAACUGAAGGAGGAUCUGAUCGAACACACCGCCAAGGAUCCGGACCUUAGUCCCAUCCUUGAGCAACUCAAGGCUGACCCCAACAGCCAGCCUGAUUUUCAUGAAUGCGAUGGUCUUGUAUUCCGCCGGUACGGGAAAUUUGAUCGCUUGUGUGUUCCUAACCAUGCGCCUCUCCAGACUCAUUUCUUGGAUUUGGCACAUGGUCGGAGUGGGCAUUUCGGCUUUGAGAAGACUUAUGGAAGUCUUCUCCAGCAGUUUGAUUGGCCGGGAAUGAAGGGAUCUGCUCAGAAAUUUAUUGCUGAGUGUCAAGUCUGUCAGAAGGUGAGUACGACAGGGAAUUCACAAGUCAUGGCCAUUGUGGAUCGCUUCUCUAAAUUUCUGAAUCUGAUUCCUCUACCUCCUCAUGCACCGACUGAACUGGUGAUCGAAGAGUUUCACCAGCAGUACAUUCUGCAGUAUGGCCCCCCGAAAACUCUUGUGAGCGAUCGGGACACCAGAUUCAUCAGCAAGGAUUGGAAGGACUUCACUGCCCAGAUCUAUGACAUCAAACUGAACAUGACUUCUGGUCGACACCCCGAAGCCAAUGGAUUGGCUGAGGAAAUCAACCAGACUGUCACCCAGCUGCUGCGCGCAUUGAUUGUGCCAGAUCAGAACACAUGGGAUAAAGACUUGCAUAAAGUAAAGGGGCUGUACAACAACUCCAUCCAUUCUGCAACCGGUGUGACACCAAACCAGUUGCAGUAUGGAUGGUCAAUGCGCAAUCCCCUCUCCUACCUGUUCCCAGAACGGUCACCUGGUCUGAUGCCCCGCAUGCCUGGCUACAAUGCCAAGUACGCACGCUUGCUCAAAGCUGUGACCGCAGCCAUGAACAAGGGCCAGCAUGCCAUGAUCAAACAUGCUAAUAAGAUGCGCAGAGAAGAGAAAUUCAAAGUAGGAGAUUAUGUCUGGGUCAAAAUGUCUGAAUUUUCUGAUGAAGAGGGCGUUUCACGGAAGCUUCUCCCACUAUACUACGGCCCUUGGCAGAUUCUGAAAGUGAUUGGGGAUGAUUUCGGUCCUUCGUAUGUGGUUGACGUGCCGCCUCAUCUGCGCACGUACCCAGUCUUCCAUGCCUCCAAACUGUUUCCGCACAUUGAUGAUGAGACUUUUCCCUUCCGAGACCCUAUGAUACCUCGCCCUAUUGAUGGUGGCCAUGAGAUCGACAGAAUCGUUUCUCACGAAGGGAGAGCGAGGAACAGACAAUAUAAAGUUCACUUCCUCUAUCACCCGUUGAAUGAAUUUUUCUGGAUCGACCGGAAAGAGCUGCUGAAGAGUGCGCCACGUGUUCUUCUGGACACUGGAUUCUUCCAUGCCGACCCUCAUCCGGGAAACUUGAUACGCACACCAGAUGGACGCCUGGCAGUGCUGGACUUCGGUUUGAUGACACAGAUUACCGAUGAUCAGAAGUACGGAAUCAUUGAGGCAAUGGCUCACCUUAUCCACCGGGAUUAUGUGGCGAUCCUCGACGAUUUUGUGAUGCUCGGUUUCUUGUCUCCUGAUGUGGACUAUACUCCCCUUCUCCCGGUCAUCGAGAAAGUUUUUGAGCAAGCGCUAGGCGGUGGAGGAGCCAAGAGCAUCAACUUCCAGCGUUUGCUGACAGAUGAGAAUCCUCGUCUACGAGCGGCACUUCGAUACACCGUAUACGGGAAGUCAAAUGUGUUCGAUGUAGAUCGCUUUGUGGACAUUCUUCAGGCCUUUGAGAAUUUCACGCUCAUUGCGGGGACAGGAAGCGGAGAUGCAGGACCAACAGGCCGAUUCGCCGAGAUGGCAAACCUGUCAACAUAUGCUGGCGAUGGACCCACUUUCCUCAAUGGGAGUUCAAGAACAUCCAGUUCUAAUGCCCUGGGAACGCUAGUGAACGGAGUGUCGUCAUCCUGGGUGCGUGCUCUUGGACCCCUUGGAUUGGUCUUGCCAGAUCCUAGGGGAAUGGCACCGAUGAUGCUGCAGUCAUCACCCAUCGUGGAAAUACUUCCAAAGGGUCAGCAGAGGACAAGAAUCGCGCUUGGUUUUCUGUUAUCUCCACAAGGAGAGUUCUUCCGCGAGUUCAUCCUCGAUGAACUGGUAAAGAGCAUUGAUGCAGUCUCAAGAGACCGUCUGGCCAAGCUAGUGUCCGUGUUUGGCAUGGAGGCCGUUAUCUUCCCCUUCCGACUUCCCGGAGCUGUUCGGCCUCUUACUCUUUCCCCGAGCCUUACAGAAGAGGACCGCAAAGUGGUCGAUAACGUAAAGAAGAUUCUUGAAUUCUUCGCAGCGGGAACCCCUCUUGAAGACAGACUCGCAAGGGCACAGGGGAUGCAGGCACUGAUGCAAGUUGCGCGGGACUUAUUGCCAUUUCUUCCGAACGUGGCGACCCAGAUCGUCCCCGAGGUGAUGAACCGCUUGUUCGGCAGAAUAAUGGCUAGAUUCAUCCGCGAUAACUUCCUUGAAACGGCGAGAUAGCUCAUCUUAUUCAUUCAAAGGAGGAAAUUACCUUUUCACCAUUUUCAGUGAGAAGCCCCUGAAGUUUCGUUGAACCUUCGGUGAUUGGAAGAUUGGGAGAGAGUAGACGCAAGCUCUAGCACACAACCUUUUUCAAUGCAAGGCACACAGCACAUUGUGGUGGCCUGCAAAGGAGGAGGAGCCUCUACUUCUCUGUCCUGUUACGUGCUGUAUGUUCCAGCAUUAACCUCUGUCUCAGGCUGGCGAGGACGGUCAAUCGUGUCGACAGUCAAAUGCCAGCUGAGAAACUCUACUUCAAAUGGGUGGUAGGUAAUACAGUCCAUGCUCACAAGUCACAACUUCGCAGGUGGAUCUUCUAAUUUGUUCUUCUAUUCUCUCUCAUUUGUUUCACUUACUCUCUCUGUUUUUUUUUGUUUUUUUUUUGUAUCUGAUUAUUAAAUCAUUAUUUUUAUUUAAGACUCUGGUUAGCAGCAGUUUUUGUAAGAUAAGUCGACAAUCUCAGGAUUAUUACAACGAUUUCACCAAAGGAUGUUUUUUAACUUUUUGACAGUUUUUCACAGUUCUUUGAACGCUUUCACCUUUUUUUUCCCUAAAAUUUGUAGAUGUUUUUGGCGGACUUUUAGUAUAACAACAGCAUCUUAAGGAUGGAAGGAGCAUCUUAAGGAUGGAAGGAGGAAAGGACCAAAGAGCUGUGUCACGUCGAGUUUUUGGCAAAGCGGAAAGAGAAGGAGAAGGAUAGGUGACUGGGGUGGACCUGAACGUGAAGUCAUGGCAAGUUGCGGGGCCGUUGAAGGGGGCUGCGCCACGAUAAAGAAGGGGGCGGCAUGUUAUUAUAGGGAAAGAGCAAAGCAUGUCACAGGUUAAUUGAGCGGCAAGGAAAUUUCUUUGUCACAUCUGAAUGUAAAAGUGUCACAGAGUGGGACAAAGGAGGGAAGCAUAUACUUGUCACACAUCGGGUAGGAUCGGAUCAAAUAGGAAAGGACAGUAUAGGGUAAGGUGGAAAGCAUAGUACAGGGUAGGAUAUAAAGGGAUAGAAUAGCAUAGAAUACAGGGAGAAAGUAUGGGAUGGGAUAGCAUACAGGGUAGGGAAAGAUAGGAUAGGAAUAGGAUAGAAUUCGAUAAAGUAGGAUACAAAAGGGUAGGACAGGGUAGGAUAGGAUAGAAUACAAGGAGAAAGGAUGGGAUGGGAUAGAAUAGGAUAGAAUACAGGGAGAAAGGAUGGGAUGGGAUAGAAUACAAGGAGAAAGGAUGGGAUGGGAUAGAAUACGGGGAGAAAGGAUUGGAUGGGAUGAAAUUUAGGGUAAGGAAAGACAGGAUCAGAAUAGGAGAGGAAUAUGAUAGAAUAGGGUAGAAUACGAUAGAAAACGAUAAGAUAGGAUAGGAUAGAAUAGGGUAGGAUAUAAUAGAAUAGGAUAGGAUAGGAUAGGAUAGGAUAGGAGAAAGAACGGAUGGGAGAAAAUAUAGGGAGAAAGGAUUGGAUGGGAUACAAUACAGGGUAGGGAAAGACCAGGAUAGGGAUAGGAUAGAAUUGGGUAGAAUAAGAUGGAAUAGGAUAGAAUGAGAUACAGGAAGAAAGGAUGGGAUGGGAGAGAAUACAGGGCAGGGAGAGAGAGGAUAAAAGCAGGAUAGACUCAGGGAUAGACUUAGGAUAGACUCUAUAUAGAAUAGGAUAGGAUCAAGAUAGAGUAGGAUAGGAUCAAGAUAGAAUCAGGAUAAAAUAGGAGAGAAUACCAUGGCACGCCAAUAGGCCUUUUCUGGUACCCUUUUCUUUGCCUUUCAAGGAAAUUUCUCCUACAUUUGUGUGAAGAAUGAUGAGAAGGAGAGGUGAAGCGGAAACAACUACAGAAAGCGGAUGAAGAAAGUUUGGGAUCCUACGGUAAUUAGCACCAUAUGACAUGAACAAUAUAGACCUGGCAAUAUAGAUCAUAUGUGGACACUACCAGAUGUUGAUAUUUCUAUGCCUGUAUAUCCGGAACUGAAAUAAAUUCCUUAAGUGCUU